UGUAUAAAGACGCUUCCUGUGCUCCUCUUAAAAGAAACAUAUUUUGAAACAUUCAUGGCUUGACGUUACAUAAAGAUACACGAAGCAAAUAAACAGCAGCCCAAGAUGAACUACGUACCGGGGACGGCAAGCCUCAUUGACGACAUCGACAAAAAGCACCUGGUGCUGCUCCGAGAUGGCAGAACACUGAUCGGUUACCUCAGAAGCAUUGAUCAGUUCGCCAAUUUAGUUUUUCAUCAGACAGUUGAACGCAUCCACGUGGGGAAAAAAUUUGGUGACAUCCCCAGAGGAAUAUUCAUUGUGAGAGGAGAGAAUGUGGUGCUGCUUGGAGAGAUAGAUGUGGAUAAGCCCUGCGACACACUCCUGCAGCAGGUCUCCAUCGAAGAGAUCCUGGAGGAACAGCGGUUGCAGCAGCAAGCCAAGCAGGAGACGGAGAAGGUCAAAAUGCAGGUCCUGAAGGACCGAGGACUUUCCAUCCCCAAGGCUGAUAACUUAGACGAAUACUAACGCCGCCUUGAUUCACCGAGCGUCUCCCUCAGUUUGUUUCGGACGGAGAAGUUAAUAUGUUGAGUUUGAGUUGGAGAAAGCAUGAGAGUGUGUUUUCUUUUGUGAGUACAAGCCUGCAUCAUGCUGGGCCUGUCUAUUGUAGUAUACUGUAUGAAUUUGAGUUAUCUGGAGAAAAAAUAUGUGAUAGCUGCUCUCAGUUGUGCAGAUCAUGACAGCAAAAUGGAAAAAAACACGUGUUUGUCUAAGCAUCACUCAAUUUAAGCAAUUAUUUUCCAGCAGCACUUUGUAUUUCGUCAUGCUCUGAGUCUUUUUAUUUGGAGAUCAGUGGGCUGCUAUUGACAGAAAGUACUUGCUAUGCUCCAUUAAAGAGUUUAGUUUUUCAUUA